GCCGCGAGCCUGCAAGCUCCGGGGAAGACGACGUUCUGCUGCUCGCGAGAGGGGACCGAGGAGCCGCCGCGCAGGGAGCCCGGGAAGAAGGCACGACGGCGGCCGAACGAGGCCCUCGCCGUGGGAAGCGACUGGAGGGCCAUGGAUAGCGGCGGCGGCUACCCCGUCGAGCCGGCCCAGCUGCAGGUGACGAGCGCAGCCGUGGCGCCUGCCGCCACCGUGCCACCGCCGGUGAUGGUGCCGCCGCCACCCGUGGUGGUGGUGUCGGCGGCCAGCGGGAAGCCGCCGGCUCCCGCGCCACCCAUCGUGAUGGCACCGCCGCCGCCGCCCGUGGUGCCCGUCCACCACCCGGCCAUGGGACCGCACCUGGUGCAGGACCAGGCGCGAUACUCGAACCCGCCGGGACAUCGCUGGAUGUCGCAGACCACGUCGGCCGCCACCGUGUCUGAAGGGCUGGACAUCUGUGCCUACAUACUCACAACAAUCUCGAUACUCAUCAUCAUCGCCACGUUUCCUGUAUCACUCAUUUUUUGUAUCAAGGUAGUUCAAGAAUACGAGCGUGCAGUCAUCUUCCGCCUUGGUCGAUUGCUUCGCGGAGGAGCCAAAGGCCCAGGUAUCUUUUUCAUCAUACCCUGUAUCGACACCUAUUGCAAGGUGGACUUGAGGACAGUAUCAUUCGAUGUUCCUCCACAGGAGAUCCUAUCCAAGGACUCGGUGACAGUAGCGGUGGAUGCCGUGGUGUACUACCGCAUCAGUAACGCCACCAUCGCCGUUUCCAACGUGGAGGACUACGGACAUUCGACCCGACUCCUGGCCGCGACCACGCUCCGGAACGUGCUCGGCACCAAGAACCUGUCGGAGAUCCUUUCCGAGAGGGAGUCCAUUUCUCACGUUAUGCAGGCCAGCUUAGACGAGGCUACCGACCCCUGGGGUGUGAAAGUGGAAAGAGUUGAAAUCAAAGACGUGCGACUGCCAGUGCAACUACAGAGGGCCAUGGCCGCUGAAGCAGAAGCAGCGCGGGAAGCUCGAGCCAAAGUGAUCGCGGCCGAGGGAGAACAGCGCGCGUCGCGGUCCCUGAAGGAAGCCGCCGAGGUGAUUGCGGACACGCCGUCAGCGCUCCAGCUGCGGUACCUGCAGACCUUGGCCUCCAUCGCAGCGGAAAAGAAUUCCACCAUCGUGUUCCCCAUCCCUAUGGAGCUUUUCUCGGGCUUCAUAAACAGCGCGAGCAGUCACGCCGGCGGUGGCGGCGGCGGAGGGGCCGACGUCAAGAAAGACCUUGAGGCUUCCGCGUAGCAGAGGGCCCGCCAGUCCCGUUCCAAUAGCCUGUUCUGGAGCGGGACGGGCCAGAGGCGGCUCUCGCUUAUCCUGCCUCCACCGCUGCGCCUGGGCGUACCCGGCAAAUAAGAGCGCACCGGGGGCCUUGCGCCCGCAACGGGUGCACAAACAUCGUGGUUGAACAACGCCGGUGAAAGAGCCGCGCUCGGAGGUCGGGCGGCACCCUCCUUCGAGGGAGUGUGAACUGCGUUCGGGGCAGGAAGAGAGCAGUCCGGGCUCGUCUACCUUACCUACCGCCCCUACCAUAGGAGAGCGACUCUUUCCCUACCUGCAACAGAGUGUAUGUAGCGUCCUUUGAAGCGCCCCCCGAAAAAAAAUGAACCUUUCUUUUAUGAGAACAAGUGAAGAAAAUGUCGAGGGAUAGAUGACGCACCAGCUAUGACUGAUUUGUAGCGAGCUAGGCGCAGAAAUGCCCGAUGUGCAAGCGCUGCCGGCCUUUCUGCGCGAGCACGUUUUUACGCGGUGUGAUCAUCAUGCUAUCUGUCGUGGUGCCGACAAGCUGUGCUGCUGCACUGAAUGAGUGUGAAAAUCAGCCCAGUGUUUUACAUAGGUUGUGUGAUGCAGGCCUUCGUGUUAGGGUAGCCAUAUGAAUCACAUGCAAAAAGUACACUAUGAGGAGUUGGGCUGGCGGUACACCGUAACUGAGGGCUGUCACCGUGUGACCUAAAUCACGCAUUUUUUUUUUCGUUUAUGUACCUUAUAGAGCACCCUAUAGGUCGGUCUUCGAGUAUGCACACAUGUUGGGAGGCAUCUCAUAUGUGCCACAGCAGCCGUGGCCAUGAGAGACUUCAGGGCGCUUUGAAGGACGGACAGUGCUGAAACAUUUACAUCCGUCUGUUACAAGCACUCACUUAUGGCGCUUGAAACGCACUCGGCAAGCGGGCAUCUUCGUGGGCGCAGGAUGUGUUACCCUACGGAGACGCAGCUUGCAGCGAAAGCGACUUGAUGGCUUUCACACUCUGGAGAAAAUCCAUGCAUGACAACACAGGCCAAAUCCACGAUGAUGCAGAGGCCACAUACAGGACAGCGGGACGCGGAACACAGAGGCAAACAGAGCAGGCACAUGGACCAGAGAGACACACACUCUGCGACCAAUUCUAAGCAGAAAUGGAGUCGCGUCCACUGCGAGGCAGUCUACUUCGGCAAAGAUGCCGAGGUAAAAAAAAAAGAUAGCUGUACGUUCUCUGAGAUGAGCACACAAUUCCAGCAGUAUUUCGUUAUACUACAUUUUACGAAUAUGUUUUACGCUAUGUCCCCUAACGUGCUCGAUUUGGCUAAGAUGGUGGGAAAAAAAAAACUCAAGGCGUACUGCUUUCCAAUGUAUUUUAUUUUUGGACGCAUGCGUUUCUUUCAUUACGUCUUGUUGCACGAUGUGUUACUUGUGAACGUGUUUUUUAAUUUAUUUUCUAUAGCAAGGCGCACUUUCAGGAGGCAUGACGCCAAAAAGGCAUGCUCGAAUGGGUUAUUUAAAUGCAAUGGCAUUUAUAACAUCACCAAGCUUCUCCAUGGGAACGUAUUCAAUGUUAAAUUCUAGUCUGCCUCGAGGCUGAGGCAAACAAUUGCUUAGUAUCAAAAUAAUCAAUUGCAGUUACAUUUGUUUCGUUAACUCAGAGUCGGGUGGCGGCCUGGUUGUAAAACAUGAUCAUGCGCCAUGCCUGCAAGCAUUUGCGCCUGCGAUUACGAGACGCACGUUGUCUUUCUUUUUCUUUCUGUCUUUGAAACGACGUUAGUUUCUCGGAACGAAACGAGGGAAAAAGAUGCUACUACUUCAAACGCAUAAUUAAUCCAUAAACCGGUUGUGAGAAAGUUGCGACAAGAAACAUGUUGCUUUCGCGCAAGUAUCUUUCGCUCCCCGUUCCCUGCAUCUCGUUCUCCCGCCAAGAAACAAGCAGAAAAAAAUGUUUUUGGCGGGAAGGCGUGCGCGCAGCAUGUGCUCUGUAAAGUCCAGCCAUUUAACUUGGUGUGGCGUGGUUCAUUCAUCGCCUCGUUACCCUUUAGUGACGUAUCACUGCCUCUUUGAAACUUUUACCUCCCAUAAAGAAAAAGCACUGUAUCUCUGAUACUUUGCAAGAAAAUGAGGGUGUUCAUUGAGAAUCUCUGGCGGUAGAAAAUUUUCAUUUGUAGUUAUCAGAAAUAUGUAUUCUUGUCAAUACAAUUGACAAAACUUCUAGUCUAACUGCGCUUUCGUAGACUACCUACUGCGCAUGGUUAGUUAUUCCCUUCUUUGGGGCAUAUCUCUAUAUUGGACCAACCUACAGAAACUCGGCAACAUGCUAGCUUUCUUUCUUUCUUCUUUUUGUCUUUUCUCUCGCUCUUACACAUUUGGGGCAGUAUCUUUAUAUUUGUCCCCGUAGGUGCGAAACGUAUUGUAAACAGUAAGAAUAAAAAAACUAUAUUUCAUGUAAAUACAGCAUGGCUUACCUGAAAAAAGCGGGGCACGUUAACUCUUUCUUCUGUUGCAGUGUGGCUACCUGGAAGAUAUUCGCAUUUCAUCGGUCGUUAAUUGCACAGUAGGUGUCCAAGAUAAGGCUUCGUAUAUCGGUAAUUUACAAGUCGAUUGGUUAGAGUGGUGUUUUCUAGGCGCUGGCCUCGCAAGGUUUCUACACGCGAGGCAGUAAAGCUAAGCAGAGCAUUCGCGAGUCAAUUAAUUUAAGAAUAGUACGUUAAAAAACAUUGAAAACAGACAAGUUGGGAGUAGGGAAAGAAAAUCAUCUAUUUAUGUGUCUAAUACGACAUUAUUCUCUGCAGCUCAUGAAAUUAAAUACACAUUUGGCUUGUGCGCGCGCGUGUGACGUUGCGAGCAGUUUGCGAAACUCAAAACUGAAACCGGAAAUGUCUUUUGUUGCUCAAAAUUUUUUUAAAAUGUGCUCCGUGUACUUCAUCACCAACACAAAUGCUACAAAGAAUCAUCGUCAGUUUCUUUCUUUCUCUCUAUUUCAUCAAAGGCGGUGUGACGUGACACCUCGCCGUCCUCUUUAUUUGCCCGAAAAGAGACAAACUAGCUUUUCACGCAUUCGUUGGCAUCGUCCGGUGCCUCAAUGCUUGAGGUUCCUCUCACAUUUGCAGCGUGUAGAACUCGUUGCACAGUUCUACGCUGUACUUGUUUUUUUUUCUUUUUGACCAGGAGGCGCAGCAAUCAGGAUUUGACUCUCGUGCCCGCCACUGACCUUUUAGACCCGCCACCGACGCCCUUCGUUUUUAACUACGAAAAUUUGUCAUUCGAAACCCCUUCGCUUUACGGGCCAACGCGCCCGAAACCUAAUUCGAGGAGAAAAAAAAAACGUCGUAUGCGAUUUCCAGAGACUGAUUUGGGCGCCACGGUUGUUUCCAGAAGAUGGGGCGUUCUAAAGGGUGAAAAAAACAACAACCCGCGAAUGCAUAUUUCCACAGAGUAGGCAUCCUUUCUCCUCGCGGCACAUUACGUUCUGCUGCACUAGAGUCCUUGUAACUCGCACUAUAUCGUCCAUCCAACUUCUUGUUAUCUCUUGUAUCAUAUAGGCUUCGUGAAGAGAGAGACACACCUCCAUAGCGUCGCAGAGUUAAGCAUCAUAGAUAUAACUAAGACAUUCAUAUGAGAUAUAUUAUAUCUACGGUACAUAAAUAUAUAUAUAUAUAUAUAUAAUAUAAAUAACUGAGUGUUCUCUGUCGGAAGAAAAAUAAAACCGGCACAAACUCGUUGGCUCCGUCUAGAGGUAUUGCGAGCGCGUCGCCUAUGUGUAAGUUCUAACAAGCCGGCACUUCUUUUUUUCAAUGUCGGUAUUAUCUUUCGUAAACAGCAAGAGAGCGGGGAAUUUCGAAAACAGUUACAAAUAGAUGAAAAUGUGGGCUUGUGUGUGUUUCUUUGUUUUUUACGGGAUAAAUGGAUUGUUAUUUUUAGUACGCCUAAUUAUGGUUCUGAGUGUACAUACAUCACGCGCUUGAAGUGUACAUAAGGAUUAAAGAGGAUGAGGCGUUCACUCCAUUUAUUGUUUUUUUUUGUGAUGUUAUUUUAUUUUUCCUAGAAACUAAGUUCCCGUGUGCGUGAGAAUACGAUGAAGCCUAUACAGCGAGAGCAGUGGCCUGGAUCUCGUUACUUACCGAUUAUAACUCUCCACAGCCACCCCUACAUUGAGGUUACUUUGCGCAAGUGUACUAUAAAAAAAAAGCCCUGUUGCCGUGUAUUCCAGUUCUACGAGAGGAUGGCUAUCUGUUGUACAUACAUAUAUAUUUCAACCGUUUCCGGUAUACAAAAGAGUUAUGCGAUAUGAAGCAUACUAGACGCAAAAGCUCAAUGUGAUGCGACACUGUUGUGUGAUUGUGCUUGUUAACGUUUUUCGCUCCUGCGCCAUUUGUUACGACUACGUUGCCUUCUGUCGUGCUUUUUUGUUCGUCGCUCGUAGCCUUCACAAGGCUCAUUCACGUCGUUGUUCGAUGGCCUUUUUCCGUGUUCGCAAGUUUAACCUGCAUCGUCGGGGCACAUUCUUCCGAAGCAGGUGCGAAUCCCUUCUUGGGUCGGUACAAUAUCGCUACUGCGAAUGUUACGACGCGAACGAGAAGUAAAAAAAGAAAUCGACUAAAACUCGCUAUUGGCCUGAAGGAUGUUGUUCUUCAAUUGCAGCGGGAAAAAGAAAAUAAUAAGAGAUCACGCACGAACACUGUGUAUUUUGUGACUUGUCUUCUUGAUUUGAGAUCUGCCAAUGUCUGGCACUUCUAUGCACUGUGUCCUCGUAAUCGUUCUAAUCUGCUUGUGCGAAUGAGCGCGUGAGCACGACCACUCUGGGCUGUGCUUAGAGGUCAACUGCAACAAAAAUUUUACUCCGCAUAAAACGCCCACUUUCAAACAGUGGAGCCUCCGUGCGAAAUUUUGCCUCCGAAUUCCGAGCGAGGGCGUCAGGCGACAGCUCUGCCGUUUGUUGGUACUGAAACCGAAACUAUAGUCCUCAGCGGAUGUGACGUAUACAAGAGUGUGACCAAGUACACGUGGCUCUUCGCCACGACCUCAGAAAAAAAUGGGGCAUUGAAACACCUGAGGGACGGCGUGCUUCUGACUGCGCUACAUCUACGACCACUAAGUGCACACGUCGCGUAUCUAGGCUCCGAACAAAACCACAUACAGCCCUUCAGCUUUCCAAAGGUUCUCUCCGUAACAUAUUCUAGUCACUCAUAACAGAUUCUGUCAAGGUGAAGCUUUCUUGCAGUUGGCCUUUUACGACAAGUAUAUUUUGUUCUUUUUUUCUAAACAUUACCCUGCUCUAAAAAUGAAAUUAAAGUAGUAUUACUAAUUGUCUCUGCAUAGCGACGCGUCAUCAGAUUUUUUUCUCUAAAUCUUUCGGGGCUAGUGUUAUAGUGCGUCGUAAAAAACGCGCAUAAUAUGCGAAAAAGAAGUGCACUGACGCAUGUAUCAGUUCUUCAGCGUUACAGUGGUAUAUUGUUCCUUUACGCUAACAUAAAUCAACGUGUUCAAUCUUUCUAAAUCUAUAGCCCCAAGUAUGGCUUGCAGUGUCGCUAACCGCGCCUCUCAUACAUGCACACCCCAUUAGUCUGCAGCGAUCCUUGACAUUGAAUGAGCAACUCACGCGCUGUUCAAUUAUAAGAUGUGAAAAACUACCAAACGGGGAUUCUAAAAGAAGCUUGGCAACUCAUUGUACACUAACGCAAAAGCGAGGGACCCACGGAUUUGCCUAUUUUCGAUCCAUCUUUGACAAGAAGGAUCCACAUACGACGUAUAUUGUAGACGUCAUGGCGUUCUUUUACCCCGUUCUCAAGACGCCGAGUGUUACACUUUGAGGGCAGUUAGCACGAAGAGAUUCACAUGUUGGAGCCUUGUAUCGUUUUUGGUUGGUGAAAGCGCUAAUGCGUGAACUGUUGUUUCUUUAAGCUCGCAGCCUUUAUUGUCGCAUGAAUUUGUUUUUCGGAGGCGAACCCUGACCAAAACGUUGGUCCCACGUGUACUCAUUGUACACACGCCAUGUAGACCAGAAGGAUAUAAUCCCGUUACUUUGGUCUAAUAUUCCCUUACAGCUCACACGAGACCUUCUUCGAUUCCUCCAGGCCUGUGUUAUGACGUCUCGGUCGAGCUAGUGCUAUCUCAGUUACCCAUUUUCUUUCGAAAUUGCUUACGCGUCACGUUUUGCUCUCGGACUUAUCUAGUGAAAUAAUUCGUGAAGUCAUUGGUUCCUUACGAAGCUAACCGUGACAGAUAAUACACUUUAAAAAUGCUGUAAAAAGUGUUUGUCUUCGAGAUGGAAAACAAACAAAAAAGGGCCCCGACAACGUCCUGGCUAUAAGUUAAUUGGUUGUCAGUUUCGACCGUGUACUCUCGUCGGCGUAGGGCCAUCAAAGUCAUCACCAGUUCAUUUCUUUUUCUUGGGACCAGAGUUUGUCUUGACGCAUCUUUUUUUAUCAUUUCCAACCCUCCCCGAUCAUUGGAUAUUCGCAACCCUUUAUGUGGCCAACCGGACCUAUCGGAAUCUAUAAGAUGAGAGUAAAUUACCAGUAGGCCCAGGCAUAUGGGCACUCGCAACACUUUAAAACGAUAGACACAAGGGAAAUAGAUUAUUUGGCAAAAAUCAUAUUGUAUUCACUGCUAGUGGUAUUGUGGGUGGGCCCGUAGGGCUGCUCGCUGAUUAGCUGCGCUCGGCGAUAACUCACAAAGGCUAUGCUAGCAGUACACUGACCAUGUACUGACUGCUUAUUCUUCGUAUAGGCAUUGUGCAGGUUCCCUCACGUGCUGCGUUCCCAAGUACAGCAUGCGAGCAGAUCCUACACUGUAAUCUCACGUUCUGAUCUCCGUGUUGAGAGAUUACUCAUGAAAAGUACGCCUUUGCUACAAGGCGGCUUUAGUGCUGUUCAUGGCACUGAAAAUUUCUUACGUGAGGUAAGUGUGCGAAAGUGACAUUGCAAUAUCGACAGCCGUAUCACUCCUUCUCCAAAUGCAUAGAAUGAAGUUUAAGCUUUUCUUCCUGAUGCUAAGCACUUAUACUGAAAUCAACUAGGUGCUUCCCCUGUCGUUUUCGGGCGUUCAUACAAUGAGAUUACUUAUCUCACCACUUGCUGCACGUUACACCCACCUUAGCACUAGCGGAAUUUCAUACGACCUAUACAUAUACUCCUCUCAAAUCGCGCAUAAGCUAGUUACAUUACGUUGUAUUUCACGCCUUCAUGUCGCUUGUUUUCUUGGCAAUGUACAUUGGUGCUCUUCAGUAGAGUCUCGCUAACCCACAUUGAAAAACCAUAAAAAAAAGUGAAUUAUGCCCACUUUUGCGACCAUGUUUACUUUUUAUUGGGCCGUUAUGAACAGUGUACUCAUCGCUCUAUCUAAGUGCGUUUCGUUAGUUUCACUGCCGUUGAGACUGUGAGCUCAAUGGAUCACGAUAUUUUCUUACCAAGACUUUUCUCACACAAGCAGUGACCAAUGAUAUGCAGCCAGUGGGCUCAUUGCAUCUGCAUUGCACGAUCGAAGCCGAGACUGUUUGCUGCUUUGAAUACAAUUUUGAAUGUGCUUCUUCCGUCGAAUUUAUAAAUUUAACGGGCACCCCUGACAGUGCCAAAAAGAGGUAAUGAUGACAUGCUUAGAAAGAGCGGGAAGUAGUUAAAAAAGGUGUCGCGAAUAUUCGCUGUUGGUAAUGACUUUCUUAAACAUUCGACAAAUUAGGAGGUAUUUUUUGUAUAGAAGUGCCAAAAAAACUCAAAUGAUACAAUCGAAACCUUGUAGCGUAAGUUACCGUGUUCAGCCGUAAUUCAUGGAGUAUGAGCAACAGGGAGAAAAAAAGUCAUAUCUGAUGUUACACUGUCUACUGUUCUUUCGUUCCUUGUGAUGUUUGCUGUGCAAUCGAAAAAAAAACGAAUUGUUCAAAAUGAUGUCACCAUUAUUACACACACAACUAGGUUUCAUGUCAUCGAAAGCAACCUUGAAAUGUCAUUUGAGUGGCGCUGAAUGGAGUGAAAUAAAAAUGGUAACGUCGUGUAUACGCAAA